AUGAAGCCUUAUCAGAUCGAGGAUGAUGAUCCGUAUGCGCCGAAAUACGAUGCCUCUACGGAGCAGUACUCAUAUGCUCCGACAGGAUUCCCUAACGCGCUGAUGGCGAAUUUCUCCAUGGACGAACUGUCACUUGACGACAAGCCAAAGUCGAAACCAGAGAUCACGUCGACUCCGUCCUCGACCUCCGCUUCGUCUCUGUUUGGCACGCCUGCCCCAGCUCCAGAGCCCACUCCGAAGCUUUCGUUUCCUCCUCCGGCUGCAGCAGUUGAAGCUCCUAAGCCAGCACCCGCACCAGUGUUCACCUCUGCACCUCCUCCAGUUCCUGAACGAGCUCCGUCACCGACUCCUGUGUCUACACCACUGGAAGCUGCAACAACCGCUCCGACCCGUGCCCCAGUGCCUUCAGCGAUGCCUGCUCCAGUGGCGUCAACAUCAGCUCCGACACCUGUGGCGCCCACACCGACACCGACACCGACACCGACACCCGCACCGACACCGGCACCUACACCUAGCGACUGGAGCGAUGAUGACGGUGGAAGUCAGUCGCUAUUUGGCUCGCAGAAUGCAGCUCCCAAACCUGCGGCUGCCGCUCCUUCCCCAGUCUUAGUUGCGCCUUCACAGCCCACGCCUGAGCUUCGCCAGGCCCCAGUCCCUGUCAGCGGCAGCCUCUUCGGAGAACCGUCCAGCGCACCGGCACCAACCGCUGCCGCUCCGGCCCCUGGCUUCGUGCAGACGACACCUCAGGCUGCCAUUCCACCAGCACCUUACAGCUCACUUUUCGGUGGGGCUGUGAGAAGCAGUGAAAGCGAAAGCGACAGUGACGACGAAGGCGGUCUUUUCGGGACCGGAGUGCCAUCGAAGCGGUAA